CUUUCCCUGCUCCAAUCCAUAAAACCCUAAUUCCAUUCCAUGUUCAUAUUUGUCUGUUAAUUGUCCUAUCUUUUCAACUAGAUUAUUCUCUCAAUUUAGAUCUCUGUAUUCUUGUCGAUGGAUUCAGAGAAAUUACUAGGAAGCAGCUCGGAUAGUUCAAGCGAGGAACAAGAAUCUGAGGCAAUAAUAAAGGCAGAUUCAGAAUAUUGUUUGACCAACAAACGUUCAUAUGGAUGCAUAUUUUGCAAGAGGGGAUUCACCAACGCUCAGGCUCUUGGUGGCCACAUGAAUAUCCAUAGAAAAGAUCGAGCCAAUAAGCCUAAACAAAUCACCACCUCCUCUUCUUCUUAUUCUUCAUCUUCUUGUGUUCCAAGCAAGCAAAUUGAGGAUUCCAACUUCAUGAACACCCUCUAUUUUGGGCGACCACGGGUCGAUUUUGAAGAAUCGGGUUCAAACCCACGUGGUUACUUCCAAGAACUUGGAGAUUUGAAUAAGAAGCAAGAGCUUUGGGGGUCAGAUUUGAGCCUACAAAUUGCGCCAAGUAAGGGGAGGAUCAGGAGGGGAACAAUUUGGAACAACAAUGGCGAGGGACUGGAUUUGGAGCUUCGACUUGGCCAUGAUCAUCACUAUUGAAUUAUAUUAUGCUAUCAGGGGUAUUGAAUUUAUCCUUCGUAAAUCUUUAUGAUCAAUACAAAGCUGACUUUAAUUUUCUGCUUUAUUGGGUUAAUGUAUGUAUCAUGCCUUAAUUGAGUAAAAAGUGAUGAUAUGGAUUGUAUUUUUCAUGGAUUAGGGUGGGUGUUCUUUGUAUUGUGUAAUUGAGUAAAAAGAAUUGUAAUUUGCUAGUGGGUGUUAUUGAUCAAGAAAUUGUGAUAGAUAAAAAAGAUUGCAUUUGCUUAUCUAUAUAUUAUAUGGUUCUUAAGA